AUGGCGCUAGUUCCGCAAAUUCCGCGAAGCCCGCGGCGCGCAGCCGUCGCGUUCAUUUUCCUUCUCGCCACGGCUCUCGUUUCCGCCUUCACGCGAACUUCCGCCGCCGCCAUUUCCCUUCCCGAGUCGCUCUCCUCCUACGACAACGUGGCGUUGCUAGAUCAGCGCCUCGAGCUCCACUGGACCGUCAACGGCAGCGACGCGACCAUCCGAUUGGCGGUUCGAGCUAACACGGCGGGAUGGCUCGCUAUAGCCAUCUCCGAGAUAGGCUCCAUGGCGGGCUCAGACGCGCUCGUGGCGUGGGUGGCGGAGAACGAGGGACGCGUCUAUGCAACAGACUGCUUCAUUUUCAACACCUCAGCCACCGGAACCGCACUGGACGACCAACAAGACUGGCACGUGCUGGGCGGCAGUCAGAUGACAAACCAAUCCACAGGCGACACGUGGACCACCGUGCACGUGUGGCGCCUACUCGACACGGGCGACUGCAAUGACCGACCGAUCAUUUCCGGGAAGCUUCACAACAUAAUAUGGGCGAUGGGUCCCACGGAUAAAGUCGGCUAUCAUAACUCCACGCGCGGGGGAGGCACGCUAGUGCUCGCUCGUGCAACCGACCUGGCCAUUCUCGAACCCUCAGCACCGCCCUCAACCGCUUCGCCUUCUGCUGGGUCUGACUCGGCUCGAGGGGUUGGGCGGUUGGGCGUGGAGCGGCAGCAAGUGGCAGGGGAGGUGGAGGUGCAGGCGGGGUUGCUCAACUUCACUGUCACAGAUUACCCCGUCCCCACCGACCGUUCCUCCUAUCGCUGCAUGGUGAUAGACGUGCCUUUGGAGAGCAAGGAGCACGCAGUGGAGUGGGGCCCGGUCAUCAACACCACCCACGUCUCCUCCCUGCAUCACUCCUUCCUCUACGGCUGCUCCUCCGAGGAGUAUCCGGAUCUGCUGCCAGCGGGGAUGAUAUUCGACUGUGUGGGAAGGGCCCCCUGCAGCACAUUCGUGGCCGUGUGGGCGUGGGGAGGCCGCCCCUUCACCUUCCCCCCCAACAUCGGCUACCCCAUCGGCCCCGGCUACUUCACCAAAUUCGUGCUAGAGAUGCACUACGUCAAUCCCGAGGGCCGAACCGACAUCAUCGACAGCUCGGGGGUGUACCUGAAGCUCGCCUCCUCUCCAGACCUCCAGGACGCGCACAUCAUGAAGGUCGGCCUUGUGGACCACACCAACCUCAUCCGCGUGCCGCCCGCCAUGCCCUCGUGGACCCUUGCCAAUUCCUGCCCGGGGGAGUGCACUGCUGCCGUGUUCAAGAACCAGAGCGUGAAAAUCGUCGCGUCGAUCCUGCACGAGCAUAAUAUUGGGCGUCAGGUGUACACGGAGGUGCUAAGGAAGGGCAGUACAGUUGCCACUAUCAACCGCAUCGACUACUUUGACUAUGCAUCGCAGCAGACCAUGCCGGUACAACCGGAGUUUGAGCUGCUGCCAGGCGAUGAGAUCCGCACCAACUGUGUGUGGGACUCCACCUCUCGCUCCAAUCUAACGGUGGGAGGGCCAGCAGCUGAGAACGAGAUGUGUGUGAACUACCUCGUGUACUACUCUGCAACGCAGGGCCAAGAGAUGCAUGCAUGCUACACGGUGUGUGGGGCCAUGGACAAUGAAACACUAACCAUCGACCCCAGCCGCCUAGACCUCACCACGCACUACGUGUGUGGGCCAGGGCACAACCCCUACAUCCCCACUGGCAAAUCCUGCGUUAUCAGCUACGGCUGCAACGACAAUGUCACAGUGCUCUAUGGCUGCCCUGACCAGACCAGAAUUUCGCUGUCGACCAUUCCAGUCGAUGACAUCUCAACACUGCUCCAACCCGGCAGCACUCUCUCCCCUUCUUCCCUUGCCAAUAAUGCUGCUUCCACUGCAAACACCAAUGGAGAUCUAUCCCCCACCAAUACCAAUGCUCUUGCUUCCGCCGCCAAUGCCACUGCUGUUGGUCCCCCCUCCAAGACCAAUGCAAAGGCUGCCCCAGCAGCAGCAACUGACGGUCGCACGGUCGAGGGUCAAGGAUAUCCCUUCCGACGGUUGCUCUCCCUUCCGCCCGUUGCCCUUCUUUCCCCCUCGUCGCCCUGCCUUCCGUCCGUCGCCCACCCUUGUUCCCGUCGCCCUCCCUUCCCGUCGCCCUCCCUUCCCGUCGCCCUUCCUUCCCGUCGCCCUCGCUUUCCCCGUCGCCCUGCCAUCCACUCCCCGUCGCCCUCGCCUUCCCUCCCGUCUCCCUUCCCAUCUUGCACACUUGUCACCCUCCCUUUUCUCUCCCUACUCCCUCUUUUCCCUCCCUCCAAUAAUUGCCUUCCUUCCACCAACUUAUACCCCUUCCUUGCUUCUCCGUAUCCCCAACCCUGCUUCCCCCCAUCCCCUUCCCUGCUUCCCCCCAUCUCCUUCCCUUCUUCCCCCCAUCUCCGUCCCUGCUUCCCCCCAUUCCCCCUCCCUGCUUCCCCCCAUACCCCUCCCUGCUUCCCCCCAUCCCCCUCUCUGCUUCCCCCCAUACCCCUCCCUGCUUCCCCCCAUCCCCUUCCCUGUUCCCCCCCAUCCCCUUCCCUGCUUCCCCCCCAUCCCCCUCCCUACUUCCCCCCAUCCCCUUCCAUGCUCCCCCCCAUCCCCUUCCUUGCUUCCCCCGCAUCCCCCUCCCUGCUUCCCCCCAUCCCCUUCCCUGUUCCCCCCCAUCCCCUUCCCUGCUUCCCCCCCAUCCCCCUCCCUACUUCCCCCCAUCCCCUUCCAUGCUCCCCCCCAUCCCCUUCCUUGCUUCCCCCGCAUCCCCCUCCCUGCUUCCCCCCAUCCCCUUCCCUGCUUCCCCCCAUCCCGUUCCCUGCUUCCCCCCAUCCCGUUCCCUGCUUCCCCCCAUCCCGUUCCCUGCUUCCCCCCAUCCCGUUCCCUGCUUCCCCCCAUCCCCUUCCCUGCUCCCCCCCAUAA